UCCUCCCUACUCCUGAUGUCAUUCCCUGCUUGGCUGUGAUGCAGACUGCUGGAGUCCAUGAUUCCUGUGAAGAUGAUUAAUUUCCCACAGAAGAUUGCAGGCGAGCUUUAUGGACCCCUCAUGCUGGUUUUCACACUGGUGGCCAUCCUCUUGCAUGGGAUGAAGACCUCGGACACGAUCAUUAGGGAAGGCACACUGAUGGGCACAGCCAUUGGCACCUGCUUCGGUUACUGGUUGGGCGUCUCCUCUUUCAUCUAUUUCCUGGCCUAUCUGUGCAAUGCCCAAAUCACAAUGGUGCAGAUGCUGUCACUGUUGGGCUAUGGCCUUUUUGGACACUGCAUCACCCUCUUUGUCACCUAUAACAUCCACUUCCACUCCCUCUUCUAUGUCUUCUGGUUGGGUGUUGGUGGACUCUCUACACUACGAAUGGUUGCUGUGUUGGUGUCGCGCACUGUGGGGCAUACCCAGCGGCUCAUCCUGUGUGGGACCCUUGCUGCUCUGCAUAUGCUUUUCCUCCUCUAUCUGCACUUUGCUUAUCACAAGGUGGUAGAAGGUAUCCUGGACACACUGGAAGGACCCAACAUGCCGCCCUUUCAGAGAGUUGCCAGAGACAUUCCAGUUGUUUCCAACGCUGUAUUGAACACAACAGCCAAAGCUGUUGCAUUGACCCUGUAGUUUCACAGACUUGGACUUGCUUCCUUCACUACUUUUGGGGCUGCUUAGGGCCAUAAUAACCUGCUGCCUCUUAGGAACUGGACAGAACAGCAGGAAGAAGACUUGGUUUUGUUUUCCUGGACCUGUGCUUUGGGUUGCAGUUUUGGGCAGCUGACUGGACUGCACCUCAGUGACUCAGAAGAACUACACUCUUCCCCCACCCAGGUCUGGGCUGUCUUGAGUAGAGCGGU